AUGAAUAGAAAUCAGAAUGAGUCCGUUUUACAUUCUAAGAAUGGUUCAUAUCCCGAAGAAAUUGUUGGGCAAUACAUAAUGGAGUUGCCUGUAUUUGGUAACAAAAAAAUAAACAGUACUCAGAACCAGCAGCGUAAGAAGAAGAAAGUUUUAAAACCAAUACGUUUACAUACAUUGUCGGCUACCAGAAGAAGACAAUGCACAUUAAAUACACCAUAUCAAACCACUUAUACUAGCCAUACUGGAACCCAAUCAAACAGAUCAAAUGUCAAUAGUUUACUAAUCAACGAUCAUAUAUUGAGUAUAAAAAAACUAGAAAAUGAACUGACUGAAGCACAUAUGAAAACGCGUGAACUGAUCGUAGAAAACCGUUUAUUGAAAACAUUAGAGAAGCGGCACGAAAAUGCAUUAUCUAUGUAUGAAGGUAAACAAGCCAAGCUACCACAAGUAAUUAAAUCAUAUGAAGAGGAAAUACGCACAUUAAAAAGCCAAAUACGUCAUAUUAAAAUUUCAUUUAAAGAAAUGGAAAAUAGAUAUAAGUCACAGAACAUUGAAUUAAUAUCCUUACAAAAACAGUACAAACACCUUUUUGGUUUAACUCAGAAUAAACAGCUUAGUAAAAAAGAAAAACUAUCAGAUCAAUUAGAAGAAGCUCAAAGUACAAUAAAAAAACAAGAUGACAAAAUUUUGAAUAUUAUGAAAAAAUUAGAACUUCAAAAUAAAUCUCAUAGGUAUCAUAUGAACGUAGAACAUAUUAAAAUCAAAGAAUUACAACAUGAAGUCAAACGUUUAGAAGAAGAAAACAAAAAUCUAAGAUUAAAUUUGGAUAAACUUAAGAAUAAAAAUCAUGGUUCAAGACAAAGUUUUACAAAGGGAAUAACUGAAGACUCGAUAAGCAUAGUAUCUCGUGUAUUAAAGCCUAUACCAACAAUACAUGAUGGACAAGGUGAUGAAAUAGAUGAAUCUUUUUACAAAACUAAUGGGUCAAUAUCCCCUAAACCAGAAUCAUUUCAUGAAGAUUGUGAAGAAAACGGUAGAUAUUCAACAAAAAACUAUCAAAUUAACACAAUUAAGCAGAUAAAAAAGAGUACAAUAAAACCAUCUAGUACCUUGAUAAAUAAAGAAUCAUACUCGUCAAUAACACCGAGCAAUAUGUCUUGGGUAGACAGUCCUCUGGAUAAUUUGACAAAAGAAAGUGAAUCAGAACUAUUGAAAACUGUAAAAAAUGAUUUUGAAAAAAAAACUAGACAUAAAACUGCUGCUUUCAACCAAUUACCAGGAACCUCCAUGUCUAGAGAACAAAAAGACAUACUUUUAGCAAAAUUAAAUCAAGUCAGUGAGGAUCAAGACAAUCAUGAAAACUAUUUUAAAUCGAAACUAUUAAAGCAGCCAAUUAAUAAAAGAUACUCAUCAUCAUAUGAUUCUGAUAAUAUAAGUGGUGAAUCUAACAGUGAUAGUUCACAGGAAUAA